GGCGGGGCCAAAGUGUCUUCGUGAUAGGAAGUGACCUCUUUAUUGUUGACUCUUUGCAAGUCGUGUUUUGUCUUAUCAGAGUCAGUCCGAAUCUUUCUUCAGAUUCCCCAGUACGACGACGACGACUUUGUGAAAACGUAAGGAAGAGCCGAGCAAACCUCUGCCAGACGGGAUAUGUUUGCUACAGCGACCAGAAACUUCGUGGAGGAAGUGGACCCUGGAGGUGUGUUAAUCCCAAUGAGAAGCCUCAAUGACUCCAUCACUUUGCUGACUGUGGUCGCAAGGCAGAAACGUGUGUGGUUCUGGCAGAAGCCCAAACAUCUCCUAACUGACUUCACUCUCAAUAACAUCCUCACAGGAGACGCCAUCACCCCAGAUGUAACAGAGACAGACUUCAUCAAAUACGACGGGACGUACGGUGACAACAUUCAAGGGACGGUGGAUGCAAAUUUCAUCCAAUCCAAUAUGAACAUGGAGGGCAAAGAGUCUUCCAAACUGCAGUCGUCAUUUGGCAGUUUGAAGAAGGAUGAAGUGGAUGUCCAAAAGCUUCUCAAAGACUCUAAAAACAGGAUACUGGACAUGUCCCAUUGUCUGAUCCAGCAGACCAGGAAGAAGCGUCAGGUGUUUGGCAUCGUGAAGGAGCGCAUUGUGACCAGCCAGCCUUGUUAUGUCAUAGAAGAAGUGCAGCAGACAGGACAGUGUGCGGGGACAUUCAGCCUCUGCGGACCCAAGAGUCCAAAGGUUAUACUGAAAGACAAUGGCAGCCUGAACAAAGACAGUAACAUUUCCAUGGAGAUUCCCACUAACACCACCCUGGCCUAUUCCCUCAUUGAGCUCGAGGUCAAGCAUGACGGUCGCUAUGAUCUCUGUCUGAUGUCAAACAUCAAGGGGGGCUUUGAGGUGGACUGUCAUUCUGAAAAAGUACCGCUGAGUGUCACCGGCGCUUCUGUGCCAAACAACUCUGAAGUCAACCGUCUCAGGAAGGAAGUAGACCGGCUGUGUGGUCAUUUCCAGCUGCUCUCAUCUCUUCCUGCUUCCACCAAGUCGUCUCUGCUGCAGCACAUCACUGCAGUCCUGGAAGACAGAACAGCUCUCAGUGGUCUUCAGAGCGCGCUGGACCAGUUGCUCCUGGAUACGAGCCCCGACAUGGCGGAUGUUCCAGCUGCAUACAAAGACAACAUUCAGGCUGUACUGGACGUCCUGGAAGAGUCAGCUGAGACAGAGCUGUCCACAACAGUGCUCACAGCAUUUCACCUUGUUAUCAGUGCUUUGGACGAGCUAACAAGUGAUUGUCUCGCUGCACUGAGAGUCUGUUGCACUUCUCAUGUGUUAAAAAUCCUGGAACUUUUGGUGCAAAGCGUAUCAGCAAGCAGGGAGUCACCAGCGAGCAGCGUUGACCUGGCUGUGCUGGCAGACCAUGUCUUGUCCAGCAUAGAACAUCUGUUUGCUUCCUCUAAUAUGACUCUGAGGAGAGACGGUGACACAUUGAGGACAGAAAUAAAUCAGCAGGGUAACCGUCCUCUCAUCAUGUGUAUCGCUCUCAGAGGCCUUUACUCACUGGCCCACUGAGUUUGACCUACAAACUCCUCUUUAAGCUCUGAAAUACUAAAGACCAAUUCUUGUGGUAAUCAACUUUUGUUUAUGCUACUAAAGUACAAUGUCCUUCACUUUUUAACACAAUUAGUGUGUAAAUAUGUUUUAUCAAUGUCAUUGUUCAUUUUUAAAUGAUAAAAAUUUGUUCCUGCAUUAGUUGUCACACUCCCAAUCAACCCUUUAGUGGAUGAAUUGGAAUAUUUAUAUUCUAACCUCAAUUUAACAUGUUAUAUUGUUGCUUUCAUUGUAAUGUAUGCUCUCUCAUUCCCCACUGAUUGGCUGAGAGAAAUCACAUAGUUUGACUACCAAAUAAAUGACUUAUGUUGAAA